AUGUUGUAUUGUUUGACAUCUGCCAGAAGAAAUCGGCGCUUUUAUAACGAUUUACAUAAAUUUGCUAAAUUUGCUCGAAUAAAUAAAAUAAACAUGGUUUUCGAUGAACCGAAUAUGAGUGACUCAGGUCUACUGAUAAGUGUAGAAGACCUCAUCAACCAGGCUAUGGGACCUCAAGAAAUGAACGUAAUUAAUUUUAAAGUAUUGCAAAUGGUAUUGCAUAUACUGGCACGUCAACAACGUCUACUAGAGCAACGUGUGGAAAUUAGAAUAUCAGACAUAGCUCCACCGCGACAAAAAGUAAAGAAGGAAAAGAUAAUAGAAGAGUCUGAAACCUCAAUUCCUAAAAGCCCCAGAUCACCAAAAGGGCGCAUGACUGAUAUUAAGGAAGAGCGAGAGUCAAAAAAAGAGAAGGAACAAAGGGAAAAGGAAAAAGCAGAAAAACUUGCCCAAAAGGCAAAAGAAAUAGAAGAAAAAGAAAAAGACAGGGCCGAAAGGGCUGCUUUAAAAGAGAAACAAAAGGCUCAGAAAUUGACACUGAAGGAGCAAGAGAAGCUUGAGAAACUAGAGCGUAAAGAAAAAGAAAGAGCGGAAAGGCAAGCCCAGAAAGAACAAGAGAAAGCAGAAAAGCAGUCACAAAAAGAACAAGAAAGGGCUGAGAAGUAUAGUCAAAAGGAAAAAGAGAAAGCUGAAAGACAAGUUCAGAAGGAACAGGAAAAAGCAGAAAAGAUGAGUCAAAAGGAAAAGGAAAAGGCCGAGAAACUGUCACAAAAGGAACAAGAAAAAGCUGAAAAGCUUACCCAGAAGGAAAAGGAGAAGGCUGAAAAAUUGUCUCAAAAAGAACAGGAGAAGCUAGAAAAACAAGCACAAAAGGAACAAGAGAAGGCAGAUAAGCUCGGUCAAAAGGAAAAAGAAAAAGCUGAAAAGCUAAGUCAAAAAGAGAAGGAGAAAGCUGAAAAGCUCAGUCAAAAAGAGAAGGAGAAGGCGGAAAAGUUGGCGCAAAAAGAAAGGGAGAAAAUGGAAAAAGCUGCUUUAAAGGAAAAAGAGAAAGCGGAAAAGUCUCCACGAGAGAAGAAAAAACCUGUUCCCUCCGACACAAAGGAAAAACGUGGCAAAGAGAAAGUGCUUAUUGAAACAUAUUCUCGCGGGAGCAUCGAAGUGGUCACACAGUCCCAAUUCGCACUCUUGGAGUCAGCUGUGAAGGAGCUAAAGGAUCUUGUAGCUCCACCCAUGCCUCUGAAAUUGCCUGACAACGAAACCCUAAGGAGCGACUUGGCAAGGGGCAGUGCGUCGUUGCAGGACACCAUGCGGGCGAUGCAGGUCGACGCUCGCGUGCUCGCUGCAGAGCAGGCCAUAACCCGCAUGACGGGGCUCCUCCUGGCAAUAGCUGGUGCGGAACCUGACGAUCUGGACAAUCUGUUGGAUGAGGUGGAGCAGAAACGUGCUGCGGCUGAGGCUGAGGCUGCAGCAGCUCUUAAAUCACGGCCGUCAUCAGCCCGCAAGUCUGUGCUCAUCGAUCCAUCCGCUAAACUCUCGGAGGCGACUGGCAUGGCCCGCCUCAUGUCUCGCAUGUCCACCGCGUCCAUGCGACCGUCCAUGUCCAUUAUGAGGAAACCAUCCUCGUCGAAGACAUCAUCUGAUGCGGCACCGGUUACUCACGAUGAAAUGGAAGACUCCAUAAAUGAACUGCGAGAAGAAUUAAUCAAAGCCAUGAACACGAUGACAAACAAAGCGACGGCGAGCGCCGACAACGCUUUGUACACUGCUAAAAAUGUUGCCGAUAAGCUAGAUAUAGCUUUAUCACUGGACUCGCGCAUUUCGACGCUACACUCUCUGGCGACGGAUUACGCAGAGCAGUUGCAUGGAUUUGAUGCUGGAUUGGCCACUCAGAUGCAAAGUUUUCGAGAGCAAAUGGUCCAAAUGCGAGGUGACCUUAAAAGCGGCCUCACACUACUGGAGAGCGUCAAGAAUAAUGCUGAAACUGCUGCGGUGACGGAAUUGACUGAGAGAUACCAAGACCUCGUGACGGAGUUGGACGCCACGCUGCACGCUCACCGCGCGCUUACCAAGUUUCAGACGCAACUGGCUAAUGAGUUGCAUAGUCUGGUUGAAUGUGUGGAAAUGCUACGCGAGCAAAAGGCCGAUCGUGAUGAGGUUGUCGACGGAUUGAGAGACAAGGCGGACACCUCCCGGCUGGCCGGUCUGCUGACGGAGUCCGAGUUCGCGACCGUACGAGCUGACCUCGAAAGGAGGCUGGCCGUCUGCCACGAUAAGUUCCAGAGGCAGGACAACGUGUGGAUGACCGCUAUAAAGGACCUGAACAAGAUCACGGACGGCAAGUCCGAGAUCAUAGACCUGCUGUCCGCCCGCGACGAGCUGCAGAAGGAGCUGCAGGUGCUGCAUCAGCGGCUGCAGGUGCUCGCCGCCGUGCUCGGGGAGCCCAAUGCGGCGGUUGUGAAACGCAAGCUGGGCGUGGGCGCGGCGUGCGCGGCGUGCGGCGCGCCCGCGCUCAUGUCGCCGCGCGACGCCACGCGCGGGGCGCCGCCGCGCCUGCCGGCGCUGCGCGCGCCGCCGCACCAGCCGGACGAGGAGGGGGAAGUGUGCCUGAAGGAGUGGAUGCCGCCCGAUCGGCCGGACGAUAGACACAUCUGCCACCGCUGGUGCGGCGGGUCGCACACGCUGGUGGCGGGGGCCACGCGGCGGGAACGAGCGCCUCCGCCCGAACCGACCGCGCCCACUAAGCGGUACACGGGGUAUGGGACAGAUGGCCGGUUGUAUAUGCUGGAAGACGAGCUGCAGCCGUGCAUCGAGUGCAAUGAAAUGAACGCGAAGGUGGCUGCUGAUGUACCAGCCCUCGACCUUGGCGCUGGUGAUCAAAAUCCACAAUGAAAUGAAGAUACACGAAAAUUAUGAAGAAAACACGACACUAACUUUACAACUUUCUUAACCAAUAUACUUCAUUGCGUAUUAAAUAGAG